AUGGCAACCUCAAUACCCCGAGCUUUGUCGUUACGACCCGGCUGCAGGUCACCGAUCAGGUGUCACCUCUCUCGUCAAUCAUCCACUCAGAGUCAAAAUUGGGCUGGUCGCCCAUUUGACGUCGCGAAAGACAGUGUCGCGCAGCUGGCUGCUAGUCCUCGUCGACCGUUGACCCUUGCAGAUCUAUUGAAACACGGUCGACCCCCAUUGGACAAGGAAGCCCUCCUCGCCUCGGCCAAUUUCACACUGUCCCUCCUCCCCGCCCGGUUGGCCUCUCGCAUACAGGCAUUGCGAAAUUUGCCAUUUAUCGUCGUCUCGAAUCCGCACGUUUCCCAGAUUUACCAUAACUACCUCCAUUCGCUUUCGACCCUUUUACCGUACCAACAAAGCCGCAUCACAACGCUUGAAGAAGAGAACCAAUUCGGUGAUGUGCUGGCGGAUCUUGUACAAACACAUACAAAUACGAUUCCAGUCCUCGCACGUGGCUUUCUGGAAUGCAGGAAAUAUGUCAGUCCAGCAGAUGUCACAAGCUUUCUAGACACCCAUCUGCGUGCGCGUAUCGGUACACGUUUGAUCGCCGAGCAGCACCUGGCUCUUCAUUUCGCCUCACAACCAAUCGGCGGCGAGCCAUUCAAAAGUCCCGACACCCCUGCACCGAAGAGUUCCAUCCCACCGAAUUACAUAGGAGUCAUCGACACUGCAUUGCAGCCGGCACGCAUCAUACGGUUAUGUGAGGACUUCGUCGGUGAGAUCUGCGAAUUGAAGUAUGGCGUACGGCCGAGUCUCCAGAUUGGAGGUGAUCCCGAUGUCUCUUUCGCCCAUGUCCCCGUACACAUUGAGUACAUUAUCACGGAACUUUUGAAAAACGCGUUCCGAGCGACCAUCGAAAAUGGAAAUGAGCGCGAGCCUAUUGAGGUGACGAUCGCCGCAGCGCCAGAUGUACCGGGGAACCAGCCGCCCACCUCGGGUGACAAAGAUAAUAAUGAUACUGGGUUUGAGUUGGACUCGGAGGGUGAAGGGCCCAAUCGGAACGAAAAGAUCGGUCAUUCCACUCCUGCGUCGCAAAGUAUCACAAUCCGCAUUCGUGAUCGAGGCGGCGGUAUUCCACCUGAGGUCCUGCCUCACAUUUGGUCGUACAGCUUCACAACCUUCUCGGAAGAUGAUUUCCAAACCUCUGACAAUGGGAACUUGGAUGCCCUGAAUACCAUCUCUGCUAGUGGUGGCAACCCCAGUACCAUUGCAGGUCUUGGAUAUGGGCUGCCGCUGAGCAGAGCGUAUGCUGAAUACUUUGGUGGCAGCAUCGCCGUGCAGAGCUUGUGGGGAUGGGGAACUGAUGUGUACUUGACGCUUCAGGGAGUUGGCAGAAUUGAUUGA